CUGGAAACUAUGUAAUUAUUAAAUUUUAAUAUUCUAGAAAAUCCCAAUCCCUUGGAAAGAAAUAAUAAUGUCCGCACCUGUAUGGGCUUUUACAUUUGCCAUGAUAGGACAUAGUUUCGGUUACCUCAUGUUGAUGACAGAGUUACCAACUUAUCUAACCACAAUUCUUCAUUAUGAUUUGGCAGCGAAUGGGUUCCUGUCUGCAAUUCCUUUCAUUCUACAAUUGUUUGUUUCAUGGAUUGCAUCAUGGGCUGCUGAUAAACUUAGGAAGGCCAACAAGUUUUCCAUCACAUUCAUUCGAAAAUUGUUCAAUACUAUAGGUAUGACGGCUCCAGCUAUUUGUUUAUUGGCUAUAACACAAUCUGGUUGUCGUCCCGAACUCAUAGUUGCCUUACUGUCCAUUGGAUUAGGAAUUGAUGGUUGCGUAUUUUCAGGAUAUAACAUUACCACUGUGGAUAUGACGCCUAACUUUUCUGGAACUAUUUAUGGCAUAGCAAACACAAUCGCUAGCUUGUCUGGUGUUAUAGCGCCAAUGGCUGUAGCGUAUUUCCUGCAUAGUGGAACCACAAUAGAAAACUGGAGUAAAGUAUUCUACACAACUGUGGCUAUUUAUUUCAUUUGUUCUGUCACAUUCAUUGUUUUUGGAUCUGCUGAACUGCAACAGUGGAAUUCUGAAAAAAUAAAGGAAAAGAAGAUAAAGGACAACACUACGUGCGUCACGAAUCCUACUUGUGUUCUAAAUCACAGAGCAUCAUCUCUGGAAACAUUCAGGUGCUGAUGACGAAGAAAUGAAACUUGGUUGAAUUGUCUACUUCUAGAUCACAGCUUUAGUAGCAUAGCUGUCCACCCAGAAGAAACAGAACAUUUUAAGUGGUAGCCAAAUAACAAUAAAGCUAAACUGAAUUACUAUUGCCUAUCCUGAAAAACUUCUCAAUAUAAUAAGUUGUGUAUCUGUGUUUAAAGUAUUUGUAUCCAGUGAUGGAAAAAAUCAUUCUAACUUUAAUUUAAUAAAACAGUUAUAAAGUA